AUGGACACUACCGAGAAGAAGGAGGAUGGCCCUGAGUAUCCCGACCUCUAUAAACGAGUCAUUAUUAUGGUUUCUCUUUACCUGGCCAUGUUCUUGAUAAUUCUUGACGGAAACGUCCUCUCGACAGCCAUCCCCCGAAUAACUGACGAAUUCGACUCAAUUAGCGACAUUGGCUGGUACGGCUCCGCCUACCUCCUCACCACCUGCACGUUCCAGCUCCUGAUGGGUAAAAUCUACAAGUUCUACCCGGCCAAGCCCGUCUUCCUCGCUGGCAUCACCAUCUUCGAGAUAGGUUCCGCCAUCUGCGGCGCGGCCCCCAACUCCAAGGCUUUAAUCGUCGGCCGCGCGGUUGCCGGUCUGGGCUCGUCGGGGUUGUUCUCUGGGGUCAUGGUUAUCAUGUUCAAUACCAUCCCACUGCAGGAACGGCCGAUUUGGCAGGGAGGUAUUGGUGGAGUGUUAACACUUGGCUCCGUCAUCGGUCCCCUCCUCGGUGGUGUCUUUACUGACAAGGUCACUUGGCGAUGGUGCUUCUACAUCAACCUACCCGUUGGUGCCGUCUCCAUCCUCGUCGCCAUCUUCGUCGUGAAGCUCCCCAAGCAGACGCUUGACAAGCCUGCCGACGGCUGGACUGGCAAGUUCAAGCAGCUCGAUCCCAUCGGCAAUUUUUGCUUCUUCCCUGGCGUUGUGUGUCUGAUCUUGGCUCUGCAAUGGGGAGGCACCACCUAUCCUUGGAGCGAUGCUCGCAUCAUCGUUCUUAUCGUCAUAUGUGUCGUCAUGGUUGUUGCUUUUAUCGGCAUCCAGAUCUGGAAGCAGGAGGACGGCAGCAUCCCUCCCCGCCUAGUAAAGCAGCGCAGCAUUGCUGCGGCGACAUUCUAUUCCUUCUUCAAUGGCGGAGGCAUGAUGAUUAUAUCUUAUUACCUUCCCAUCUGGUUCCAGGCCAUCAAGAAUGUCAACGCCACCAAGUCGGGCAUCAUGCUGCUCCCUCUGAUUUUGUCAACCAUCAUCGGCACCAUCUCCUCUGGAAUCAUCAUCUCCAGGACGGGAUACAACACUCCCUUCUUCCUCCUAAGCUCUGUAAUGAUGCCUAUCGGUGCUGGCCUAAUAUCGACCUUUACGCCCACCACUGGCGCCGGUAAAUGGAUCAGCUACCAGAUCAUCCUGGGCAUAGGCUUCGGCUUCGGCGUGCAGCAGCCGAUGAACGUUGUUCAGACCAUCCUCGACCGGGCUGACAUUGCAACGGGCUCCGCACUCGUCACAUUUGUGCGUUUCCUUGCCUCGGCCGUUUUCCUGCCUGUCGCCCAGAACAUCUUCCUCAACACCCUUGUCAAAAAGCUCACCAAUCUACCUGGAAUCGACCCCAAGACCGUCACUGGUGGUGGUGCUACCGAGCUCAGGAGCUUAGUUUCCAGCGACGACCUCAAGACGUUGCUGGCUGACUACAACGUGGCCAUCAGGAACGUGUCGUUUCUGGCGAUUGCCACAUGUGCCAUCACCAUACUCGGUAGCGUAUUCGUAGAAUGGCACAAUUUGAAAGACCACGAGAAAGAACAGGAGGGCAGUGCCAGCACGGCCGAACAGGGGAAGUCUGAGGUCGAGUCCAGUGCAACUCAAAGCUAA